AGCUCGUGGAAAAAGGGAUGAGAGCUUAUUAUGGCAGAACACGAAAGUUUGGAGUUCGGAAAGGCGGACUUUGUUCUUCUGGACAAUGUGUCUUUGGAAGAGUUUAUGGCCAACCUUAAGCUCAGGUUUGAAAAGGGUCGUAUCUACAGCUACAUUGGAGAAGUGGUGGUGUCGGUUAACCCCUACCGUGCCAUGAACAUUUACGGACGGGACGUCAUCGAGCAGUACAAAGGCAGAGAGUUGUAUGAGCGACCGCCACAUCUUUUCGCCAUCGCCGAUGCUGCGUACAAAGCCAUGAAGAGGAGGAACAAAGACACUUGCAUCGUUAUCUCAGGGGAGAGUGGAGCUGGAAAAACAGAGGCUAGUAAAUACAUUAUGCAAUAUAUCGCUGCUAUCACCAAUCCCAGCCAAAGAGCAGAGGUGGAGAGGGUGAAAAACAUGCUGCUGAAAUCCAACUGUGUCCUCGAGGCUUUUGGAAAUGCCAAGACCAACCGCAAUGAUAACUCCAGCCGGUUCGGCAAGUACAUGGACAUCAACUUUGAUUUUAAAGGAGACCCCAUUGGCGGCCAUAUCAACAACUACCUGCUUGAGAAGUCCAGAGUCAUCUUUCAGCAGGAAGGAGAGAGGAGUUUCCACUCUUUCUACCAGCUGGUGAAAGGAGCUCCAGAUGCUCAGCUGCGAUCCCUGCACAUUCAGAGAGACCCCACAGCAUAUAACUACAUUAAAGUGGGAGGCCAGCUAAAGUCGUCAAUAAAUGACAGUGCGGAAUUUAAAGCUGUUGCCGAUGCAAUGAAAGUCAUUGGAUUUACUACGGAAGAGAUUCAGACGGUCUACAAGAUCCUGGCUACCAUCUUGCAUCUGGGGAAUCUAAAGUUUGGAACUGAUGGAGAUGUGACUUUAAUUGAGAACCCGAAGCUGGUGUCUGUGUUGGGGGAUUUGCUGUCCACCAAAGAGGAGAAUGUAGAGAAGGCUAUGCUCUAUCGUACGGUAGCCACUGGCCGCGAUGUCAUCGACAAACAACACACUCAUCAAGAGGCCAGUUAUGGCCGUGAUGCCCUGGCCAAGGCCAUCUAUGAACGACUUUUCUGCUGGAUUGUGGGACGAAUCAAUGACAUCAUUGAGGUGAAAAACUACGAUGCUCGAGUUCAUGGGAAGAACACAGUCAUUGGAGUUCUGGACAUCUAUGGCUUUGAGAUCUUUCAGAAUAACAGCUUUGAGCAGUUUUGUAUAAACUACUGUAAUGAGAAACUGCAGCAGCUCUUCAUUCAGCUGGUGUUAAAACAAGAGCAGGAAGAAUACCAGCGAGAAGGCAUCCCUUGGAAACAUAUUGACUACUUCAACAAUCAGAUCAUCGUGGAUCUCGUGGAACAGCAGCAUAAGGGCAUUUUUGCGGUGCUGGAUGAAGCAUGCAUGAAUGUGGGGAAGGUGACGGAUGAGAUGUUCCUGCAGGCCCUCAAUGGGAAACUGGCCAAACAUGCCCACUACACUAGCCGCAAGCUUUCACCAACUGACAAAAACCUGGAGUUUGAGCGAGAUUUCCGUAUUCGCCAUUAUGCAGGAGAUGUCACUUACUCUGUCGUGGGCUUCAUUGACAAGAACAAGGACACCUUAUUUCAGGACUUCAAGAGGUUACUUUACAACAGCUCAAACACUGUGCUGAAGGCCAUGUGGCCAGAGGGCAAGCUGAGCAUCACAGAGGUCACCAAACGUCCCCUGACUGCUGCCACGCUUUUCAAAAACUCCAUGAUAUCUCUGGUGGAGAAACUGGCCAGCAAGGAGCCUUACUAUGUGCGUUGCAUUAAGCCAAAUGAUGUGAAGUCACCACUGCUCUUUGAACAUGAGCGCUGCAAGCACCAAGUGGAGUACCUGGGCCUUUUGGAGAAUGUCCGAGUGCGACGUGCUGGUUUUGCUAAUCGUCAGACCUACCCACGGUUCCUUCAGAGGUAUAAGAUGAUAUCUGAGUUCACCUGGCCCAAUCAUGACCUUUCGUCUGAUAAGGAGGCGGUGAAGCGUCUGCUGCAAGGUUGUGGGUUUGAACACGAUGUGGCCUACGGCAAGACCAAGGUUUUCAUUCGCACACCACGAACCAUCUUCAGUCUGGAAGAACAGAGAGCAGAGAUGGUGAAGAGGAUCAUCCUCUUCCUGCAGAAGGUUUGGCGUGGUACUCUGGCCAGAAGGCGUUACCGCCGCAUGCGUGCCGCGCUCAUCAUCAUCCGGGCAUACAGACGAUACAAGGUGAAGUCGUACAUCCGCGAGGUCAUCCGGCGCUUCAAAAAUGUCCGUGACAUGAAGGACCAUGGCAAACAUGUGAAGUGGCCCACACCACCUAAAGUCUUGCGCAAGUUUGAGGAGGCGCUAAGGAGCAUCUAUAACAGAUGGUGGGCCUGGACACUGAUUAAACCCCUUUCUCCAGAGGAGACUGUGCAAAUCAGGGCCAAAGUGGCCACAUUGGAGUGUCUGAAGGGCCAGAGAGCAGAUCUCGGACUGCAGAGAGCCUGGGAAGGAAACUACCUGAAAAAGGAUAGUCCUGGGACAGCGUCUUCUUUUACUCUGGUGUCCAGUGAUCUGCAGAGGAAAGAUAAGUUCAUGAGGGUCCUCUUCUCCUGCAAUGUCCGCAAAAUCAAUCGCUUCAAUAAAGCAGAAGACCGAGCUCUGCUCAUCACUGAUCGCCAUCUCUACAAAAUGGAUCCCCUAAAGCAAUACAAGCCCAUGAAGAGCAUCCCACUCUAUAAUGUGACCGGAGUGAGCAUUUCCCCUGGGAAGGACCAGCUGGUCGUCUUCCAUACCAAAGACAACAGGGACCUGAUCGUGUGCCUGCAGGGCAUGGUGCCAGCGGGGGACAGCCGCAUCGGGGAGCUGGUCGGGACCCUGCUCAGCCACUUUAAAAGUGAGAAGAGGAAGCUACAGGUGAACACUGUGAGCCCCAUUCACUGCAGUAUGAAUGGAAGGAAGUGCACUGUGGUCGUGGAAACCAAGAUCAGCCAAUCACAGCCAGACUUCACCAAAAGUCGAUCAGGAUACAUUCUCUCAGUGCCAGGCAACUAGGGGACCGGGAUCCCAUUUUCCAGGACAUUUACAGCUGGGUAGUCAAAAUGAAGCCAUACCAAACUUGCCUAAUUACAGGGCAAGGAGGAACCUUUAAUUUAGAGAAGUUUGUCCCUAAAUUCCAAACUUUAGCUUUGAUUAUUUACAACAUGACAAGGUGGAAUUAAGAUAGAUUUACCAGACUCGAUUCUAUUUAUUAAACAUCACAACCAAAUGAAGGGUGAUCAUAAAUGUAAUAUUUAUGAUUAGCAGGAUACGCAGAGUUUUGAAAGUAUCCAACUUGAGUUUCAAAGGGAAUAUAUUGGUUUUUGAUCACCGCUUCAUGUGGGAUAAAGAAUAGCUCUGCUUGCAUCCUGAUAUAUUGCACAGAUCAGAACAGAAGCAGUCCUGAGGUUGCUGCUCAGAUGUUUUUUUUAUUUUUUUGAGCUUUUUGGAUGUGUUGAUCAUAUCCGUAAACUCAUUCACUGCUCAGAGAGGAGCAUUAAACUCUCUCAUAAUUUAAACUUCUCUUUUUCUGCGUAUAGCUGGUCAUUUAUAGCAUAAUUAUAUACAGAAACUGUCAAAUAGUUGGAUAUAGUUUGUAUCAUGUACUGUAUACGCAAUAUAUAUAGCAUAGGUAGGAUGAUAACUAUCAUUUAUUCACAUAUGUCAUGACCUUGGAGUAGAUUUUUUUUAUGCCCUUUAGUCCUCCAAAAUACAUAUAUAUA